GCAGCGCUUGAAGCUGUAGUAAAUCCUUGAUAUCUGGAAAAAGGACUCAGUGUAAGAUAUGGAAAUGUGUCAAGCUGGAUUUUACACAGAAGACUUCAGAAGUCAGGAGGUUCCUGGUGGAUUUGACUUCAGCUUAUAUGACUGCAGUGGUGAAGACCUGUCCUUUUUAUUAGACAGCAAAGGACCUGCCCAACAGCAGUAUCCAGAAACAUAUUCAGAGUCCCAGAAGGAGCAUUUGCACAGUUCUAAAGGUCAUACUCUUGCAGUCAACUCCACUGACUCUGGUCUCUUUAAUCUGGACUCCUUCCCUGAGUUUAGCUGUUGGGCAUCUUACACUAAUAUUCCAGAAGGAAUGGUUGCAGACAGGCAGCAGGUUGCCUUUCAGGAAUCAAAUCAAACCUACCAGAACCUCGUCCCUCUGUGUACUCCAGCACAAAGCAGUCCAUUCAGCCCAGGGAUGGACACCAGCAGCCAUUACCAACCUGGGAAAGGUCCAAAUCACAGAGCAGCAUCCGGUACCGUCAAUCUGGACCAUCUGGGUGAUACUGAGAGAACAUAUGCCUUGUAUGAGGCAGAGCAGCAAAGCAGGCCUUCAUAUUGGUCCGACUAUGCCUCACCCAGUUACUGCUCUUCCAUGCUUGGACAGCCAGCAUCCUCUUCAUCACCUCCACUUACUAAAUCCUCUGAGCAGUUCUGUCCCCGUGUGGCCAAAAGGCGUAACGUACCAUCUCAAAGAUCAGACAGAGAGGGGGAAAUGACACCCAUGUCCGCCUAUCCAGGAUCCGGACCCAUCCAGCUUUGGCAGUUUCUGCUAGAACUUCUGCUGGAUUCUGCUUGCCACACUUUCAUUAACUGGACUGGGGAUGGCUGGGAGUUUAAAAUGUCCGAUCCUGCAGAGGUGGCGAAGCGGUGGGGCCAGUGUAAAAACAAGCCUAAAAUGAACUACGAGAAGCUAAGUCGUGGUCUGCGCUACUACUACCACAAAAACAUCAUUCACAAAACAGCAGGAAAGCGUUACGUCUACCGCUUUGUUUGUGACGUGCAAGGAAUGCUUGGAAAAACGGCACACGAGGUCUUUGCAAGUCUAAACAUCUCUCCAUCAAAUGGUGCAUCUCCACAGUCUGUAGUAAGCACAACCAGAUCGGAGGAAACCACAAAGUCCUGGGCACAUUAGAGGAGGGCAUUUUCAAAUGCCUGUAAUGAUCGAAACGAACUGUAAAACAUCAGAAGUCGUGCCCUGGAAAUAGUAAGGACAGAGAAAAGAAAUGUACUUUAAACUGAUUUGGACUUUUGACUGAGUGACAUUUUCAACAACACAUCUGAAAUCAGCCAUCAAAUGCAGUUAGGUGCCUUUAGAAAACAUUGUUAGCUACCUCUUUUGACAUUGGAACACUAAUCUUGUAAAUGUAUUUUUUUUUCUUAAUUAAACUGAUGUUUUGACAUCAGAUUGUGCAUUCUUGUAAAUAAAUUAUAUGUUACAGUAUACAUCUUUUUAUAAAAUGUUGUUAGCCCAGUUUCAAGUUUCGGUCCCACUUUACAUUAAGUGGCCUUUACUACUAUGUACUUACAUCAAAAAAUAAGUAUGUACUUAUUGUAUUUAUAUU